GCUGCAUCUAAUUGUCCUGGCCAUGGUCACAUACCAGUACCCUAGCGGCAAGGAAGCCUGGGAAAGCAACCAGACAUUUGGCUUAUUGAACGAAAUAAUAAAAAGGUCUUCCAGAGUGCAUUAAAGCAGAAGAGAAGAUUUUUAUCUUAUCAUGAAACCGUUAUCUGAAGGACAACUAAGGUUUUGUGUUGUUCAACCAAUACAUCUCACAUCAUGGCUGCUCAUACUUUUCAUUCUGAAGUCUAUCUCUUCCCUAAAACCUGCCCAACUUCCAAUUUAUCAAAGGAAACCUUUUAUAGCUGCCUGGAAUGCUCCAACAGAUCAGUGCUUGAUAAAAUAUAAUUUAAGACUAAAUUUGAAAAUGUUUCGGGUGAUUGGAAGUCCACUGGCCAGGGCCAGGGGGCAAAAUGUCACCAUAUUUUAUGUCAGCAGAUUGGGAUACUAUCCAUGGUAUACAUCCCAGGGAGUUCCCAUUAAUGGGGGUCUCCCCCAGAACAUAAGUUUGCAGGUACAUCUGGAAAAAGCUGACCAAGAUAUUAAUUAUUAUAUCCCUUCUGAAGAUUUCAGUGGACUUGCUGUUAUAGACUGGGAAUAUUGGCGACCCCAGUGGGCCAGGAAUUGGAACACAAAAGACGUCUACAGACAGAAAUCAAGAAAGCUUAUUUCUGAGAUGCAGGAGAAUGUAUCAGCUGCUGAUAUUGAAUAUUUAGCCAAAGCAACCUUUGAAGAAUGUGCAAAAGCUUUCAUGAAGGAAACCAUCGAACUGGGAAUUAAGAGCAGACCCAAGGGCCUUUGGGGUUACUAUUUAUAUCCUGAUUGCCAAAAUUAUAAUGUUUAUGCCCCAAACUAUACUGGGUCAUGCCCAGAAGAAGUUUUGAGGAACAAUGAGCUCUCUUGGCUCUGGAACAGCAGUGCUGCUUUAUAUCCUUCUAUCGGUGUCAGGAAAUCUCUUGGAGACAGCGAAAAUGUUUUGUGUUUCUCGCAAUUUCGGGUGCACGAAUCCAUGAGGAUCUCCACCAUGACAUCCCAUGAUUAUGCUCUGCCUGUGUUCGUCUAUAUAAGGUUAGGCUACAGAGACCAACCUUUAUUUUUUCUUUCUAAGCAAGAUCUAAUCAGUACUAUUGGAGAAAGUGCUGCCUUGGGAGCUGCAGGCAUUGUUAUCUGGGGAGACAUGAAUUUGACUUCAUCUGAGGGCAACUGUACAAAGGUGAAGCAGUUUGUGAGUUCUGAUUUAGGGAGCUACAUAGUCAACGUGACCAGAGCCGCUGAGGUGUGCAGCUUUCACCUCUGCAGGAAUAAUGGGAGAUGCGUAAGGAAGGUGUGGAAAACGCCCGAUUACCUUCACUUGAACCCUGCAAGUUACCACAUAGAGGCCUCCGAGGAUGGAGAAUUUACUGUGAAAGGCAAGGCAUCUGAUACAGACCUGGCAGUGCUGGUGAAGAGAUUCUCCUGUCAUUGUUAUCAGGGAUACGAAGGGGCUGAUUGCAGAGAAAUGAGGACAGCCGAUGGCUGCUCUGGGGUUUCCUCUUUUUCUGGCUCACUAAUCACAUUGUGUCUGCUGGUUUCCGCAGGUUAUCAGAGCAUUCAUUUGUGA